AGAGAAUGGAACCGAGUACCUGUAAGACCAGUGAAUCUGAGGAAGACUCUGUUGAGGAAGAGGAAUCUGAGGAGGAGUGUGUUAAAGAGGAAGAUACCACCCCUUCUAACUCUUCACAGCAGGCACUCUCAAAGGCAGACUAUAAGGCAUUUGAGAAUGGGGAUCCCUUAGCCAUUAUAGCCAAGAAAAUUCCAAAGAAAAUCAUAGCCCCAACUGACACAGAUGACUUAGAAGUUGGGAGGAGAAAGAGAAGGCGGAAAUGCAGACCCUUGGCCAUCAACCUGACCAACUGCAAGUAUGAAAGUGUGCGGCGGGCAGCCCAAAUGUGUGGCCUGAAAGAAGUGGGGGAGGACGAAGAAUGGACUGUGUAUUGGACAGAUUGCUCCGUCUCACUGGAACGAGUCAUGGACAUGAAGAGGUUUCAGAAAAUCAAUCACUUUCCCGGCAUGACAGAAAUCUGCCGCAAAGAUCUGCUGGCUCGGAAUCUCAACCGCAUGCAGAAACUCUAUCCUACCGAGUACAACAUCUUCCCCCGUACCUGGUGCCUCCCUGCAGACUACGGGGACUUCCAGUCCUAUGGUCGGCAGCGAAAAACCCGCACUUAUAUCUGCAAGCCAGACAGUGGCUGUCAGGGACGUGGCAUCUUCAUCACCCGGAACCCCCGUGAGAUCAAGCCAGGAGAGCACAUGAUCUGCCAGCAGUACAUCUCCAAGCCUUUCCUUAUUGAUGGCUUCAAGUUUGAUAUACGAAUCUACGUCCUGAUCACAUCCUGUGACCCUCUUCGGAUCUUCAUGUAUGAGGAGGGCCUGGCCCGCUUUGCCACCAUGCCAUAUGUGGAGCCCAGCCACAACAACCUGGAAGAUGUCUGCAUGCACCUGACUAACUAUGCUAUCAACAAACACAAUGAGAAUUUUGUCCGGGAUGAUGCUGUGGGCAGUAAGAGGAAGCUGUCAACACUCAACGCCUGGCUGCGAGAACACAGCUACAACCCCCGAGAGCUGUGGGGCAACAUCGAGGACAUCAUCAUCAAAACUGUCAUCUCAGCCCACUCUAUUCUUCGCCACAACUACCGAACUUGUUUUCCUCAAUAUCUGAGUAGUGGUACAUGUGCCUGUUUUGAGAUCCUUGGUUUUGAUGUUUUGCUGGACCACAAGCUGAAGCCCUGGCUGCUGGAGGUAAAUCACUCUCCAAGCUUCACUACAGACUCCCGCCUUGAUCGAGAGGUGAAGGAUGCACUUCUUUGUGAUGCCAUGACCCUUGUUAACCUCCGGGGUUGUGACAAAAAAAAAGUGUUAGAGGAGGACAAGCGGAGAGUCAAGGAAAGGCUUUUGCAGAGCCACCAACAGCCACGAGAAGCCAGGCGAGAACAGAUCGAGUCGUCCCAUGCAGCCAUGCAGGACCAGGAACGAUAUGAGGAUUCCCACCUGGGGGGCUAUCGGCGGAUCUAUCCUGGGCCUGACACAGGGAAGUAUGAACCCUUCUUCAAGCACAAUGGCUCCCUCUUCCAGGAGACUGCUGCCUCCAAAGCCAGAGAAGAGUGUGCCAGGCAGCAACUAGAAGAGAUCCGCCUGAAGCAGGAACAGCAGGAGAAUUCAGGCACUAAGAGGCGAAAGGAAAACAAGGACCAGAACCAGGGUGAAUCAGCUGGGGAGAAGAGCCGAUCCAGGGCAGGGCCCCGGGGCCUUUUCACCUACUUGGCUUACAGGAAUCGGAAGCGGGAGAAAGAGCCCAAAUCAAUACACCUGGAUAUUAUGCAACCUCAAGAUAUUGUGGAAGAGGAGGAGCUAGAGCGGAUGAAGGCCCUGAUACAAAGGGAGAAUCUCAUUCGAAGCCUGGGUAUUGUAGAGCAGCUGACCCGCAUGCUACACCCCAGUCACAGGGGCCAGAAAAAACUUCAUGAGUAUCAGCCUAGAUUUCACCAGGACGGGCUGGGCAGUCAAGAAGUGCAAUCUGUGAGUCUGGUCCCAUUGGUGCUCCUAAGAGGGGCUACCUCAGAGCAGGGCCAGCCUCAUUUCCUGCAACCACUUCGGCCCCAUGAAUUGAUCCCCAGGAUCUUAGGGCCACUGCCAAGCACGAAUGCUGCAAUCCCACAACAUUCCCGGUGCCAUCUGCAGCCCAAGACCUUCAACUGGAUAGGAGAUCCAGCAGCCAUCGGUCCCUGUUCAUUGUCAAUGAGGAAAGCUGGGAGGCACUAUUUUUCCAGCGCUAGAGUCAGGGUCACUAGCCAAGGCCAAGCCAGCAGAAGGCUAGAAGCCAUAAACCAAGCCCUGGCAGUAUCAGUGCCAUCCACUUUAACCCCAAAGCAUGGCUAUCUUCUGCAGACUGAACGCACAUUGCCUUCCAUGGUAAAGUCUGAACACAGAACAGCCAAGGCCAGGGAUCUCACCCUCUGCCCUGCCUCUGCACCUGUUCUGCAGCAUUCCAGUACAAUUCUUAACGUUAGCCAGCACAGGUAAAAGCAAGAAGGAAGUCAGCACUCAACCUCUCCUGGAGAACCUCCUGAGGUUCCAAAAGGAGCACUGGGCCUUCAAUCUUUGCUAAAUGAAAGUCGGCCACCAAGUUCCAGUUUGAAAACCCCAGUCAGGAAUCCUGUUUGAAAAAGGAAAAACAAAGACACCAAGAAUUCCUCAACACCCUAAGAUUCUUUUGGGAUUGGUAAAGACUAAAAGAUGAAGAGCCAAGGCUGGCCAAAUACUCAUUUCCACUUGUCAAACCUGAAGCUGGGCUUACUGUUGAGGGCUGUCUGAACCUUGGGAGCGGUCACCCCAGCGACGUGUCCCUUUUACCAUUGGAGUCAAGUGCCCAAGGCACGGGUCUGUCGCCGUCAGCCGACUGCCAAGGGUGGCCGCCCUUCCUGCCAUGGUGGCGGAGACCGGCAGGCCUGGGCAGCUUGAGACAGAGGGGAGGCUCUCGGUAAUUGAAUCCGUCUUUUUAUUAAAGUUUAUGUCGUUUUCCAGGA